CCAUGAUAAUUCCCCAUACAUGACGUAGUAAGUAGAUUUAUACCCAUUCCCCAUGGAUAGACUGAAACAGCAAAAUAGAGGCGAUGUAAUUUUUAACGUCUGCGCAAGUCGUUUGUCUCUAAGGGGAAGUGUUAAUCAGUGAAGCGGAAACCUAUCGAGUUUAGAGAAGCAGUCAUAAUGGCUUCAGAAGCGACAAGUGAGAAUGACUGUUUGAAAGCUCUCAACCAGCAAAGAGACUUUGAUUUUGGAUGUCUUGCUCCUGCAUUGGUUAUUAUUUUAGUUCUUUCAUUCCUGAAGCGACGCACUAAGCUUAAAUUGGAACUCUGGGAUGGGCGCCCUGGACUACUGAUACCGAUGAACUUUCUUGGUGGUCUCAGUAACAGGUGGACUAUUGCUGUUACCUUUGGAGCCACAGGUAGCACUGUUAUAAGAAUGGCAUUGGGUGGAAGCGGCAGUAUCUCGAUUGUCCCAUCUGAAUCUCCUUGGGUAAAAAUAAUUGACGUUUUGCUGGCUGUCCUCCUUUGUACAAUACUAUUAUAUCCAUAUUUUGUCUGCCUCACGACCGAAUACAAGUUCGUUGGUUCUAUCCUUGGCUUUCUUUAUGGUGUGUUGAGGUUUUCUUUUCAACUUGCUACAGAGAUACGUUGCUACGUUGUGUAUAAGAAAACAGGAGCCUAUGGAAUAACGUUUAUUAUUUCUAACCUGCCCACAACACUGUGCCUCAUCUUUAUAACAACGCGAUUUGCUUCCCUCAUUGUUCGACGAGUUAGACAGAUGUGGUCUGUACCUUCUACAGAGUCAGCUGGAAAGGACUCCAGCUCCCGCUCACUGGCUCAUGAUUCGGACGUUGUUCACGUGAAGUUCAUUUUAGGGCAAAAACCUCCAAUAUACCCGGACAAGAGAGAAUGGUAUUGGAAGGUUCUCUACUUUUUUUAUAUACCAAGGGCAGAUUUCAAGUUCUCCACUCAGUUGAUAUCAACAGUGUUUCUCGUCGGGAUAGCUGUCUUUGAAGUCUCAUUGCAUUUGCUCAUAAUGUGGGAAGGUAUUAUAGGCGAUCAUAAGGGUUCCUAUUUGAAUAUUCAUACUCUGAGAGGUGGUCUUUACGGAUCUUACAUUUUCGCUGGUCUGAUUUAUGUUAUAACAACACUCCAUUUCAUGAGGUGCCACAGGGACCACAUGUUCCAGCUCUACUGUGGAGAUAGACACCUAAUGCAAAACGUUUGCCUCUCACCGGCCUCUUUUGUGGGAAGAAGUCUGAGUUAUACUGGAUACCAAGUCGCCUAUGCCGUGAUUGGUUUCGUCGUGUUGUCAAAUUUGGGCUUCUUUCUAAUUCUCAUUCCAAGCAAUUCUAAGAUUAUACGCGAUUUGAUUUCAUCAGCUGCGAAAGGAGCUGUGCCAUCGAUAGUGCUGGCUGUCAUAUUACGAGUGUUCCAGCGCGUUUUCCUAUCUCAAUAUGUCUUUCGUGACAGAGAAUACCCAAAUUUCUCAGUCGUAAUUGACAACCGGUAACUUAAAAUUGACAGUUUCUGUUUCUAUUAACAUGAUAAGCUGAGCUGCGCACCUACUUUGACUGG